AUGUAUGAUGAUGAUGAUGAUCGGUUUGUUACCUGCCCGUGCAGUACGGGGCGUACCCCCAGUCGCUUCAGCACUGGCAUCAGAGACACCACCGUCAACUUCUUCUUCUACAACGUGUCCAGUGGGAGCUGUGAGGGGUUUCACUUCAGAGGCAGCGCGUCCAACGGGAACAUCUUUCGGACCGUGAAGGAGUGUGAAAGUCUCUGUGGUGAUGUCAAAGAUCGAUGUUUGGACUUCAUGAAGUACAGCAGCUGCCAGUCAGAGAGUCCCAGAUUCUUCUACAACAGAACCAGCUCCAGGUGUGAGCAGCUCUUCGGAGACUGCAGGUCCAACAACAAAACGUUUGGUACUCUGGAGAGCUGUGAGGCUCUCUGCUAUGGAAAUGGUAGACCACUCUCUGAGGAUCCAGGCAAGAACAAAAUUCUAUCCGGGAUCAUCGUGCUGAUGGUGGUCUUUUUGGUUAUUGUCGCCAUUGUCGUCCUCCUCGUGCAAUACUGCAGACAUGCAUCUUCCAACGGAUUCCGCCUGGUGGUUUCUGAUCCGUGA